AUGUUAGUCGACGUUAAAGAUCAGGACAAAGAAAUAUCUUGUAUGAUAGAAAAGAUCCCGAAGGGAUUAUUAUGUCGUAACACGUUAACGUUGAGUUCAAGACAUUUUAUUCCAUAUAUCGAUAGCUCUAGUUGGCUUUAUUUAGAUCCAAAUCCCAUUUUCCACGUUGCCAGACCUGCUACGUGUAGUCAAUAUUUGGAAUAUGCCAUGCCGCCACCGAAAAGAAAAAUCCAUCGUCGUCAUCAUCACCACCACCACCAUUGUCGUCGUCGUCGUCGUCAUCGUCACGAAAGGCACCGGCGAGUUAUGAGUGAUCCAGGCAAAGCAGGAACUUGUAAUUCCCUCGACAAUCUUUCUCAACCGAAACAACGUCGAAGAGGGUUUAGUUUCAGUGAAUAUAUCGAUGAUGUUCCCGCUCCGAUAGAGCAGACAUCGGCGAUACAUCGAUGGAACGGCGAAGAUAAGAUUCUACCGUCCGAGGAAACUAGCGCAUCGACAUUUAGAAAAGUGCCAUGGCACCCCAAUUUACAUAUGCUGAAAAUAAGAAGAACGUGAAAGCAAAUAAGCGCGUAUCCGGCACUGUGAGAAUACGAUACGAUACUAUUCCUCCAAGUAACAUCCAAGUUUGCGAGUAUAGCCAUUUUUCGCUCCAUCAUCUUGAUUGAUUAUGAAUACACACACACACACACACAAUACGUACGAACUAACGUAGGUAGGUGACAUCAACUUUAUUUAUUGCACGCACUCAAGUAUCGUCGAUCCGAUCGUUAUAAAUUUAGACUUUGCGUUACUUGCGGAAGAACGCAACUUGCUUUAUUUAUUUCAUUAAAGCUAUAUCUUGUACAUAGAUACACGGAUGGAUGGAAAAAUGCUCUCAAAUGGAUCUUUGAAAAUGGAGAGGAAACAAAGUAUUUAUCUGGAAUUUGUUUUGAUACGUUCUUUUAAAAAUGUGAGGAAAAGUUGUUUUAAACUUUUUAGAGUUUAAUUCAUAUUAUCUCCUUGUAGAAUGAUUUUAUAUAAAUCUCCACGUAAUGUUAUCUCAGUUGUUAUUAUUAGGAUAAUAUCAUGUUUUCAUUAUUUUAAGAAAAUUAAACAAAUGAUAUCGGUCAUUAAAUUUCAUUCGCGCGAUCUACGUAUACAUAUCUCGAUGAUGCUUUGAAAAUGAUAUUAGAUAAUAGCGUUUCAGAUAGGAAUUUAAAAUAAAAAACUGUAACGCGACUCGAUUACUUAGACAGAUGGUUAUAAUAUUAUACGCGACUUAUUUAGCGUUGUUAAAAAUGCCAGGUGUAAUGAUCAGACAAAUAUUUAUAAUAAAAUAUUUUUUAUGAUCAUAGGUUCCUUCGUUUUCCAAAGAAAAUAUGAAGUUUAAUGGGACCGCAAUAUACAUAUUUUAUUGCGUUAAUAUUAUUAACAUAAAACGUAAAACUUUAAUAUAUCGAGUUUGACUGAAAGAUAUUUCUUCAUAGAUACAACGUCUAUAAUCUGUAGAUUUAACAUGACAAGGCUGAUAAAUGAGAUAUUAAUGCGCAUCGUAAUAGCGACGAUCAAAUAUAAUAUGUACAUGCAAAGCAGCGUGACAAAGUCCACUAUAAGUAAUGUAUUCUCAAGUAACUCUAAUCGUAUGUGAAAAACAAUAAAACGCGUGGAGCUUUGUGGAAAAUAUAAAUGAAAAUAUCUUGAAAAUAAUGUUAUACAACAGAGGGCAGAAAGCAUUCUCGGUCUCGAGACUCCAUCAUCGAUGCCGUCCUCAUAGAAUGGCGACCUAUUUUCAAACGGCAACAAUGACAAUAAUGACGUAUAAUAAAAAGGAUAUAUAAUAUCAUCGGAAAAAUUAAUCCUUUUGUAUUCUGCCUAUGACAUAUUUCUUAAGUUAAUUCUUCGUUAUUUCUAAGAACAUUGUAUAAGAUAUAAAUAAAUUUACCAAUCUUUACUGCGUAA